ACAACUUUCAAGCUUGGAGAUCCUCCUCAUUUCUAUACUGCAGGCAAAGCGAUUGUUGGUUGCGGUUUACAAUCGUUCUUCUGUAGCUCGAUCACUCCUGCAGUUUUGAUCGAACAGUUGGAAGAGUUUUUGGCUUCUCAGUCUUCCCGCUGAGAGUAGUUCAAUCAAAUGCGGCUGAAGAUAAACAAGGCCUGCGAUCUCAGUUCUAUCUCCGUUCUUCCUCCUCAAUCCAGGAGGUCAAAUGCGUUAACCACUGGGCAGCAAGCACCACAGUUGCGAUCACAACCUUCGCAACAAUCCUUUUCUCUGGGUCUGUCAUCUGAGCACGGCAUGUAUUCUCAGCUUUCUCAGAACUCGUUUGACGAAGUCGUGACAAAUGAACAGAGAUUUAGCUCUCAAGACCGAGAAAACUCAAUAAAGAAGAAUUCCUUUUUUCCUCCUAGUUUUUUCAGAGAAGAUUGCCAGUUGUCACUCUCUAAAUCUUCAACCAGUUUAACACAGCGAUGGAAAUCAACUCCUCUUCCAGACUCUAAAUGUCAAGUUGGUGAAGAACUUGACCGCCGCCUUGGUACUAUAGAAAACUCAUUAAACAAGUUUGGAAAGAUCUUGGAUUCUCUUCAUAGUGAUAUUCUGCAACUGAACAAAGGAAUGAAGCAAAUUUCUCUCGAUGUUGAAGGCAUAUGGCAAAAGAUGAUUAUUAGCAGUAGCUUGCUGCAAUCCAUGAACAAAGAACAUGAUGACAUGAAAGCUACUCUUGAUGGAGGCUUCAAAUUAAUAUCCGAUCAACUUAAGAACGAUGCAUACCAAGAAAGGGUACAUGAGAUAUCUGAUGUUCUUUCUGCAUUGGAAAAGCAAGUACAAGCAUCUCACCUGAAAUUAAAAAAUGAUUUCAUCAGCACAUUCACCCAAGAAAUGAACGCAAUGGUCUGUACCUUAAAGAAACCCUUGAAGAAAUUUCCACCUCACUCUACUCCUGAGAGUACCACUUGUUUGGAUGCUCCACAGCAAAAGCGACUUCGAUGUAAAAUCCAACCUGCGUCUCCAAAUGUUUGCAUUCGAGCAACUGCAGUACAAAGCGAGGAAGUGGGAAGGUGGAAAUCAGUAAAAGUGGAAAAGGCCUUUUGCACUAGUAGCGUGGUGAAAAAGGAAGAUCCAAAGAAAGUAAUUCCAUUUUCUGAACAGCAGUGCCUGGUGCUGGAAAGGGAAUAUAGAGUUAUUGUCGAUUCCGAUGAGGAGAUCGAAAGAAGCUUCUCCUGCUUAAUUGAAGAGAAGAAAACAGGAGAAGAUGUACGUUACUAUUCCAUUGAAGACGCUAAGGAAGAAACUGAAAGAAUUUUAAGGAAAGCAAGAAGGCAGAAAAGAAAAUAUGGCAAUCCUAUAAUUAUUAAUUGAAGGUGCAAGAUGGGUCAGCACGAUCAGGAUGUAAAAACGCCUUUCUUCUAGGUUGCGGCUAAUAUCAAAAUCACUUCACUAAUGGGGAACCCGAUGCCUUGACGCAAGUGCCUACCCACCCACCCACCCACCCCAC